CCGUAAUGAUCGCACGCAACGCCUCGUUUUGCGCCUGCUGGCAACAACAUUCCGCAACUGCUCAUCAAAGAUGGCCGCGCCGUCUACUAUGCCGUUCCUGCGACGAUGUUUUCCUCGUUGACGACCACGACUACGCGCCUCGUUCGCGGUGGGUCAGCGGACUCCGCUGUUUUGCAGUCUCCGGUUUCGUGGCACGCAAAGGCGUCGCUUCUCGUCCGGCUUCAAAUGGCAGCGCGGCGUUUUUCGUAGCAUCGAAGCGGGCAUAUCCCAACGAAUGCGAAGCCGUCUGGAACAACUAUACUACAGCUACGCUGCGGUGGUGUGUCGUUCCCGCGGGACGAGGGCUUGGUGUGCCAGCAGGACGGUGGUUGCUACGCCACAGAAAGCGUGGUAGUAGUCGGAUGAGCCCUACGCAGCCUCGCCUACCUACCUACACCGACCUCCUCGGUCGCAUAGCGCGCGUUUUAAUAGCCGACGAGAAGGAGCAGCGAUGUCAUCGAUAAGAAGGGGGUUCCCUCCGUGGCGAUCGUCCAAUUCCUGCGGUCAUCGCGGCCACACAUUGCGUCAUCAGCGACGAUGCCGCGGCGGCGUUUUUUGAUUGUGAUCGCCCGGUGAAGAAGAAACCACCGCCCCAGCUGAGAUCGUCUCAGCAUCCGUUGGGGCCGCUCCUAAAUUGCUUCCCCUCCGAAACUUAAAGCCGACGUCGUCGGCAGUUUACUUCCUGUUGCGGGCCCGGAAAGCAAGCAAAGAAAAAGAGGCGUCAGGGAAGGAAGAAACAGGCUUCCAGCGCUAGCUGUAGCACCGCGGUAGUGUGUCGACCAGAUUCAGUGCUUUGUGUUGUUAUUACUUCUUUGUCUUGAGUCUCUCCUGUCUCCGUUGGAGAGAAGACCCUCCUGUCUCCGUGGGCUUCACGAAUUUCGUGCACUGAGAGGAAUUAAAAAAAAAAAAAAGCUACGCAAGACGGGCUCGUGUAAGGCAAGCAUGUAACGGACAUCACGUCACCGCCGUCUCGGAGUCUUCUUUCUCGGACUGCAUUGCAAACAAAGCGGACUCCCCCUCUGUUCCUAAGUGGGCACACAGUGGCAGAAGAGUCCGCCACGUUUACUGCACCUAGGCCUGGAUGACUGCGUCGCCAUGCUAGCUGCCAAAAUGGGGCCAACGAUAGCCUUCUUUGCCGUCGCCUUGGCGGCGGCGGCACUACCCAUUGCCACAUCGCAAAACGAUUCCGAUAAUGGCUGCCUCAGCCCAGUGAACAUCAACUUCACGUCGGUGGACCCCAGCUCGUAUGACUUUCAGUCGCUUCGAGUGCCGGAAGCGAGUGGAAUGGACCACCUGUACAGCAUUGUGACGCACUUUGCGUCGCUCGUUGCUAAGCCUGGAAUUCCAAAAGAACUCCUCGAGGACGACAGGCUGUUUAAGGAUCCCAUUUCCAUUGCCUUGACACGAUGGAAAGAGUUUCCCUACGUCUUCAUGGGCCUGCUCAUCCUGCUGGCCGUGGGACUGUUCCUGGCACUGAUUGUGCCGUUUGUCGGCGUGCUGGUUCUGUGCUGCCGAUGCUGCUGCAAGAGGUGCGGUGGUGCCGAGAACGUGCCGGAAAAGAAAGGAGACGCGACCAAGCGGGGCUGGCGGGGCGUGCUUCUCUUCAUUCUCGCUGUUGUGCUGCUCUUUGCAGUGGUCUGUGCGUUUGUCACCAACGCAUUCGUUCCAGCAGCGGUGGUGAAGCUUCCAGACAGUAUCGACCACUCCGUGCACGACGUUGUGGUUGUCGUGAAUAGGACUAAAGACGAUGUGGACCAUCUGCUUGUGAAAAAUUAUGCGGAGUUCAAGUUCCAGUUCGAGCAGCGGCUGAACGUGUGCACACACCAGGUUGGCGAUGACGUCUCUGGGAUCAUCACACGGUCCCCAGCCUUUCAACUCAAGCAUGUGGCUGACAACGUCGAGAAGCUGAGCUUGGAGGUGGACAACAUCACGGCCGUGGCGAAAGAAGCCAAGGACAUCAUGACAAACAUAGAGAAGUCGGUCGAAAACGUCAAGAAAUUGGUGGAAGAGGCGUCCAAAAAGUGCAAGGAGAAAAGUGGUGGCUCCACCUGCGACGACAUUGAGAAAAACAAGAAGGACCUGGAGUUCAAGUUUGAGACUGUGAAUCUGGAUAAGAUACAAAAGGCCAAGGAUGACAUUGACAACCUGGAGCCUGCCAAGCUCAAGAGUGAAGUUGAAAAGGCCUUGGACACAGAAGAGAGGAGAAAGGACAUCAUGCAGAAAGUCAACACAGCAACAGAAGAAAUCCGCACGAAACUCAAUGAUGUCGAAAAAACGCUCCGGGAUACGAGCAGCAAGUUUGACCUGCAGCUCAUCUCCAACCCGAAUGUUCUCGACGUGACGUCCAUCAGAGACACUUUCGAGGAAGCCAACAAGUACGUCGCAUACUACGGCUAUGUCACCCUAGCCAUCGCCUGCGUGCUCGCGUUCGUGCUCGCCUGCUACGUGCUUGGCCUCACUUGGGGCGGCUGCGGCUCCCGCGAGGGCUCCUGCAACCGCAAGACCGGCGGGAGCUGUCUGACGACCGGCGCCGUCCUGUUCCUGCUGGCAUUCUUCGUGCCGAUGGUGCUGUCGACGCUGAUCCUGGCCCUGGGAAUCAUGGGGCAGCGAGGCGUCUGCGACAUCGCCCGGGACCCAGGCAGCGAGCAGUCGAGGUCGCUCAUCGGCCAGGUCGCCCAGGCGGCCAGCAAGGAGGUGGCGCAGAUCAACGCCACGACCAUCGAGGAGAUCAUCGUGCGCUUCAGCGAGUGCCGCAACAAGUCGUACAGCCUGUUUCAGCUGCUCGGCAAGGAGCUGGUGAUGAAUAUCACCCGCCAGGCAGCUGGCGACCAGGCUGGGAAGGGUUCGGUCGAUUGGCUCUGGGGGGAAGGUGAUGUGGCGCAAAUCGACAUCGACCAGGGCAUAAAGGACUUUGAGAAGACAAUCAAUGACAUCAACGUUGACAACAUUGUGCCAAAGGAGGUUGAUGACAGGAUCGAGCAGUUGAGGAGCUUCAACAUUAACAGACGGGACCUUUCAGAUUUGAAGACCAAGGUCAAUGAUUCCCACCUCAAGUUUAACUUGGCUGAGGUGUUGACAAAGAUGGAGGAGUUCAAGUCUGGAAAGACUGGUGAGGUGUUGACGCUCCUGAACAACGUGACUGAUGAACUCAAGAAGCUUCAGGGAUUCAUCGGGACCCUUGAACAACUCAAGGGGGUAGUGGUGCCAUCCAUUGGACGUGUGGAAAGCCUUCUAGCCAUAAAUGGCACAGACCUGAAUGAGUACGCUUACAAGAUAAUCCAGGACGCCAAAAGCCAGCUGAAGCAGGACGUUGCGAGGACCAUCGAGUCGGCGAGAAAAUACAAGGACAAGUUUCUCGAAAUGGUGAACGAGUACCUGAACCACACCAGGAGAGGGGUGGAAGAAAAUGUUGGAGACUGCAGGGCUCUGUACGGAGUCUACAACGCUGCUGUGAGCUCCGUCUGCGACGAUGUCCUUUUGCCACUGAAUGGCUACUGGUUCAGUGUUGCCGCAUUCCUGGUUGUGGGCAUUCCAGCCGUCAUGUUUGCUCUGUGCCUAGCUUCGUUGUACGCCAGAGUGGACCCGGCAACCUUGUACCUGGACCCACUGAGUCCCGUAGACUCGGAACACGUGUCUGGAGGCAGCUACAUGGACAGUGACACUAUCCCGCUUGCACGGCUGAAAAAGCUACCCCAGCAAAACGGACGAGACAAUAGGGGCUACGAUAACCAUCCCUACCAGCGUGGUGUGAACCACAAGCGCCGACACACAGGAGCCAACAGCGCUGUCGUGAACCGGGCAUCGUACGACAGCCGCGAUGGCUACUACCAUGACAUCAGUCCCGAAUACCGCGAGCACCCUGUUGCACCACACCACCGCCCCGUGACGUCGCCCGCCAUAGCCUACUCGCCCGCACCCGCCUACCACUACUCGCGUGACCCGGGCAUCCCACAUUACGCCAAGGGCUACGAGUCAGCGCCGCCUCCGGCAGCACGCCACAGCGGAGACUGGGAGAGCAACCAGUUCGCGAAGCCGCCACCGUACUACUACCCUGGCUCGUGAGCUUUCUCUCGCCGGUGAUCGCUGGUCGGGAAGGUCAAAGUGGCUUGCGUGCCCCGCGAGGUGUCUCAACGUGUGGUGAUGUCUGGGCAGCGCUAGUUCCAGUCUGGUGGUAGUUUCCGCCAUGUGGGGUUUUUGAAUGUUGGUAGUAGUGGAUGUCAGAUUUUCAGGAGCAGAGGUGGUACAUGCCAGAAAUAUGCAGCGCACUGCUUGUGUCUGAUGUUUGGGGUAAUGCUGGUGUGCUGUUUGUUGCUGGUGGUUCUGCCUAGUCGAGCUCCUGGACAAACUAAGUUAGUGGUCGCUGAUUUCUGGUGAGAGAGAUCGCAGUGGCCAGCUUGUUCUGCUGGCAGCAGCUGUGCUGGUGAGUUGGUAGGUUAUGCCUAACCGAACUUGUAGACAAGCCGGUGCUCACAUAUUUCUUGGGCAGAGGGUUUGUAGUUUGUACUCCAUUCAGAUAGUAGUAGCUGUGCUGGUGCCUGGUGCUGGUGUGUCAUUGCUUGUAGUUUCCCAUCUGUCCGGACGCUGAGGCAGAUAUGUGACUGUUCGAUUUCUAAACUGAAGGAUGUAUCUACUGCAAGGAACUCUGAUAUCACCAUACCAGUUAUGCAUUGUUGCUCAUGGAUUCUACAAAUGAUGUUCAAGUAUUAUGUAACCUGUAAAUCUUUGAGCCGUUAAGGCCACGUCACUGAGCAUUUUGUAACUAGGUUUUGACCUAUGGCUGUUUCAGUUAUUCGAAGGCUCAGUAUUUUUCGUUUGUGUAUGGUAGCAGCAUGUAAGUGGUUUGCCGACUACAAUAUUUAAUGACAGGUGUGUUGUGAGUGUGCUACAGGUAAGAGUUUGGCGUAAAGUUGGAGUGUUGGGUACCGAUAACAUUAGAAGUAAGCAGAAGGAUUGGCUGUGCAGAUCGCUGCUGCUGUAGUUGAAUGUUCAUAUGGUUUUGACAUUGCUCAAUCUUUAUAGCAUUACACAUUUGUGCAACUAAAUGGCUUCACUGGUAGCCCUAUAUGUAUAGUUUCUUUCUAAAGAUGUGCCACGCUGAUUAAGUUAUUAAAAAGUGUACGCUUGUCUGUAGCUGUUUGGAUGCUUUAUAUUGCAAGCAGCAAAUGAGGUGUCACAAGUUGGUAGGCUCAGUGAGCAUUACUUUGUUAACUUCUCGCAAGCAGGUGACUGUAGCAUGUGUUAGGAUGCUCAGCGAGUCCUUUGUUACACAUUUCUUACUUGCGCAGUUUCGAGCCCACCUGGUUUGCCAGUUGUUAGCGCUUUGUCAUUGGUGUUGCUAGCAUUCGUUUUGCUGCUGUUUGUCAUAUUUCGUACACAACUUUAACGCACCUGAUGAGGGCAUUCAAAAAACUGAAAACUGGAAACUACAGUAUUGACACCAGUAGCAUGUACCAGCACCGGCCUAAGGCACCAGCAGCUGCUGUAGUGCUAGGACCAGCCACUAGACCGUACAACAGAUGUUACGUUACCCAUGCCAUGGCUGCUGUGUGGUACGGUUUUCUCGCUACACAAAGACUGUGGAAUGGCACCAGUGUAACUCACCAGCACAAGGCACUGGCAGUUGUUAAAGUACUAGGACCACUUGGUAGCAUCUGUAGCACUACAGUAUUGGGUGUUGCGUCACUGUGUGAAGCACAGCUCGGGCUCUGCACCUUUUGAAUGCGACCAACUGCUCCUGACCAUGUUUACGACCUUCCUGAUUACAUGCGCAAGCACAUCUUAUGCACCUAGCUCAUUAUUUCAUCGUAACCAUCAUAACAUUAUCGCUUGCUUAAUUAUCCCCAGUUUAAAGCCCCAGUUUUAGCCGUUGCUCAAGUUUUAAGCCGACGAAAAGGCCACUCGCGCUAACCACGGUGCCAUGGAGCAGAUGAUUGGUUUGUUUCGUCUCCCACUCACUUCCGCUCUAGUUUAUAAUUUCCCACUUUUUAAUUCUAAGUCAAUGGGGAGAGGGAAACAAACUUGUCUACUGCUACUAGUUCAGGUUCUUUGGUUUCCGUAGGCAUUCUUUCUCCUUACUUUUUAACUUUGGAAGGGUUCUUUUGUGUCACUUGACAAAAGUUCUGCAGUGUCAUUGGAGCCAUCUCAUAGGCCAGGUGUUACAGUAACAUUUGUUUAUGUGCAAACACUCAAAUAAUCUUCUGCCAAUGCGUUCUUUGUGGAGGCAGGCAGAACACACUGCCAGUCAAGUGCUGACCAAGCCUACCAGGACACUCAAUGCCAGCGUGGAAGUAGGCUGCCAUUUUAAUUGCGUCGUCACGCAAACCCGUGCUGGUUUGAGCAAGCAUUGGCUCAUUUGUGCUUGACAUUUCUAUGUUUGUGUGUGAGUGUGCGUUAUUUUAUGCACUUGUGUUUCAUCACCAAGCUGUCUGAUCCCUGCUAUCUUUAUUUUAAGUGUUUGGCUUGUGUGAGAUGGCCCGCGUGUGUGUGUUGGUGGACUGAAGUACGGGCGACGCAACGGUGGACGUCGUGGUGGUGCGGUGCUUGAGGGACCGUGCAGUGUAGUGCGAUGUGCAGAACUCGUCGUUUCAUUACGUCUGCUCCGUUGGAGGACUGCUCCUUGCUCUGGCGGGCUUUAGGCGCCAUCCAGCGUUCUACGGAUGGAUGUUGAGCUGCCAAAGAAAUUCAGCUUUGCAAACUUGUACAAGAGUGCUGUAGAAUGUGACUUUGGGGCUGUUUGGUAGUGGCAAUACUGCUUUGUUAUUUGAUGGUUUUUUUUUAGUACAUCUCAGUUGUGUGUGGACUCCACAGAAGCCCGCUGCACUGUCGGCGUGAGAGUAAUUUUCCAAGACUGUCGGCAACGAACACAUCUUGUGACUAGUUUCAAAACGUGCCGCAAGAUCUGUGAGCGACAGUAUACUCUUGGCCAAGCGAUAUCCACCUGCUGUGCUGCUGCCAUGUGCAACCAAAACUGCAUGCCAUGCUUGCAACAAAUGUGCUUGAAAGGUUUUGGCCAUAUCUUCUGGCUUCUUAUGACGUGGGUAAUAGCAUUGUCUGGUGCAUUAAUUCUGUGAGUAGUAGUUUUCUGUGUAAUGGCGUCACAAGCUCAGUGAAAACUUAAUGCACACUUCAAGAGUUGGGUGAUUGGUUUAGUCACAGCUCGAGGCCUUAUUGUCAUCAGCUUAAGCAAGUUUCAAAAGCACUUUGAACACUCAAGUUCAGCUUUGUUACAAGAUAAGACAUUUUUGUUAGCUUAUGCCAGACCCAAUGAAAGAAAGCUUUAUGUGCAAAAAAAUUUGGCAGUAACUCGUAGGUGCAGUAUGUUGUAGCUCAUCUGCAAUGCCCUCCCUAGCCAGGCUUUGCUGGAACUGAGCUGCCCUUUGUGUGUGUUGGCCACUAGCUUUUACAAAACAAUGUUAGCAAGCAGGCAGCAGCAGCAUGUCUGAAGCUGUGUUGUUGUCCACCGUGUUGCCGGUUCACACUAUUCAAUUGAUGCUCUUUUGCGGUGUGCAGGCAAGCCAUGCAUCAUGUUUUGGUGGCCACUGUUUGUCAUUGGGGUUCAUGGUGCAGUUCUCUUACGAGUGUCGUCGAGCUGUCCCAGGACUCGGUCAGAUGCCAUCUGUCUUGCUGCGUAUUGCAUUAGGAGCUUUAGGUGGCACUGGUACUUGCAUUGAAGCUGUAAUCAGCUGCGCAAAUUGUUUGCACAUUGGAAGGUGUGUUCCAGAGAGUGACGAAGAAAGGAUGCGGCAGGUUCAGACUUGGAACCUGCGCAUGUUUUACGGCAGACAGUGCAGCAGUACAGCGCGAUGACGUGCAAAGUAUUGCGAGGCUCGCGCACCAGUCUUUGUGGCUGUGGUGUAGGAGCAAGAGCAGUGACGUGCAACUUGUGCAGUUCGUUCUCUGAAGGAACAUACUUCGAUCACACACCGAGUUUGCUCCUUAACUGUUUUUCCACGGUGUAGACGACGCACUGACAGUUGUUUGAAGGGCAGCAGUUGUGUUGCCUGUUCUUGCCUGUGUGUCAUUUGCACUUUCUAAAAACGGUAAUGAAUUGCCAACAAGGCCAUCUGGACAUCUUGGAACAAGCAAGCGUGUCUUUCCUUGUCAAACAACCCCCGAGGUUGGCCAAGAAGGAAAAGUGCUUGUAUAUAUAUAUAUAUAUAUAGAAGAGCCCACCACAUCCUUAGCAGUUUGUAGAGGGAAUUGUCGCACCCGUGGCUGGUUGCAGCAGUAUUUUCUGGGACCCCUGUGCUUGUCUUCGGUAGCCUCCUGGUACCUGCUUUUCUUGCCAUGCCCGAGUGCAGACCGCCACGCCAAAGCAUCAGCGUAUUUUUCACGCUCGAGGAAAAGCUUUCUUUGGAACUGUGAUGGUUUCUGGCCAACUUUUACGUUUUUGUUGACAUAGCUCUCUUGCAGAAGUUUUGAAUUUCCUCUCUAACUCGGUUGUUGUCAUGUGAGACUCCAGAUAUUUGUUUUUUUAACAUUUCCCUUGUACUGUACAGUAGUAGCUCGCACCUUACUGGUUCACGAAAGUGCGUUUACUUGCUGCAUGAUCAUUUCUUGUUGCCUGUAUACGUUGUUCUGUAGCAAAGAGACGUAGGUGUCACUUCCGUGACGCUCAUUGCCAUCCUUCAGUUAGGCACAUUGCUGGUACCAACAUUCAGGUACCAGCAGCGGUCAGGCACCAGCAAUUUUUAUGUACCACACCAUGGUAUUGUGCACUUUUUGCCCGCAGAAGAGAUCACCAGAAGUUUGAAGACAAGAUGCGUCUUUAAGGUUUUGAUUUAGCUGCAGUGGCUAUGCCUCUCUGGUAUUGUUUGUCGUUUUGCAGUUAGCAUGGCAGCGGAGCUUGCCUAGUGUAUGGUAGCCCUUGCGCUGUAACACACCCUUCGAGGGCACUCACUUGCAAUGCUCGGUGAAUGGGUGUGAAGGUGCACGUUGUUGGCUCGUUUUUUCUGUGUAAUAGCAUGCAGCAGCUCGUUUGUCACCUGGUCAUUGUAGCGUUACUUUGUGCAAUGUUUCCCAAGGCAUGUUUCCGAGGCCGAAAGGGUUGUUGGCCCCUGCGGCACGUACCUUUGUGACCAUAUCUACUAUCCCAUCAGCCUUGUAGGGGUUAAGCCACGCUGAGCUGACGCCCCGUACGAGAGGUGUCGGCAACGGCACUAUUUCUAUCCUGUCAGUAUACUGGCUGUACAAGAUCCAUGGAUUCGUCUACGCAGCCCGUGCUCAGUUUUUAGACGUUCAUCCAUUAUUUCUCCAUCCCUGGUGACUAAGCGUUGUGUAGGCAAUUGAACAAACGUGGCUUCUUCAAGUUGCACAAUGUUAUCUCGCAUAGCAGCUCGAAACUUUUCCGUGCCAAGGGUGAAAAAAAAGAAAGGCGUUUUCUUCUUUCAAGUUCAAAAACAGUGCCCUCUGUUAAGCGAUGCCAUAGACUUGGGGUUAAUGACAGCCUCUACAGCUAUAAUUUAGAGCCUACGUACGAAGUGCCUUUGAACAAAUCUUUAUCGUAGAGUUGAAAGUGUGACCCCCCUUGUAGUUUUAAGCUGUUGAACGAAGGAGCCUGUUAUUUUAAUACUGCUGUUGAAAUCGCCAAACGACAAGCUACACCAUGCGAGUCGUAGAUUAUGCACAAGACAGAUAUUAAGGCCAUAAAUAAGGCAUCAAAUAUAUAUUAUAUACAUGUUAUAUACACCAUAUUUUGGGCUGUGUCAUGUAGUGUACAUCGUGUGCAUCGUACACCGCUAUGUUCCCGUCGUCUGUUUCCGGUGGUGCCAUUUUCUCACGGCUGGUAAUGGUGGUGCCUGGUAUAUUCCUUUAUAAUGAUCUCCGUGUGGUAAUAACUGAAAUGGUGGAUUCUUUUGUUGCUGUUUUUUUUUCUUUGUGUUAAUGUGCUGUGUUGUUGUACUGAGUUCUCAAAGUGCCCUUCUUUUUAAAAAAGUUUCACAAGCGAGUGUUGUUUUCGGGUUUGUGUAUUGAUGCAUCUAGAUUUAAGAUGUGAUACGUGAUAACAGAUUUCCGCUAUCAUUGGAAUGUUGCCGAGCUAUCUGGUGCUCUGCGAAGAAAGCCAGUUGUUCAGAGUACGUUUUGAUGUCAUUUCCCCAGUACCCUCCCCCUUCUCCCACCUUUUCUUUUUUUUUCCGAAGUUGGUAGAGGUUGUGGCAUCCUGCAUGUUCUGUCUACAGGAAGUGAAACAUUGGUAGCCUGGCUUUUCGUUCGACUUUGCAUGCUCUAACAAACAACGAACAUUUUUUUUUUCUAUUGAUAAGCUCGGCAGGCCGCAAGUUCACGCUUGACGAGUCUAGGUUUUUGACGAGGUGAAGCAAGACAGCAUAAUGAUGUUAUUCAAAAGAGAUGUAUUUGUGAAGAGGAAGCAAAAUGCUGCAGGCUGAAUGUCAUGUCAAUUUUAUCAGUGAAGCUCCUGUAUCACUAGAGACUGGGGAGCAUUGCUUUCCAUGCAGGAUAGAACAAGCAGGAUGCUGUGGCUACUACCAAACUCUAAAUCCGUACAUAUGUCGUAUAUGACGGAAGCCCAUGAAAGAUAACCCUAUCACGUGGUGGUUGAAUAAAACUGUUUGAAUGUUCCAAA